AUGGCGCAAGCGGCGUAUGAGUUACUGUGGACGCAGGAAGUUAAAUUCGACCUGCUCGUACACUAUCAGACCGGCACCGCCAAGCACUAUUAUCACAAGCAAACAUUUAACACUGGUGCGCAAGCCAUUAAGUUGUUCGCACAGCGAAAGGAUCCCAAGUGCACGAGGCCUAAGCAAUUUUUGUACCUGGUGGUGGUCGGCGACGCGAGAGGCGGUGCGGACACGCUCAGGGUUGACAACAUCGUCAAGCACACGUCGGCAAAGCUCUCACUCGUGCUCAAAGCCAAGUACUACCUUAAUCGAAUCGACCAUCUCCGGCACGCCGAGGAGAUCCCUCAUCUUGCCAAGUUCAUCGAGACGACACCCACGUCGAUCGUUCAAGAAGUCUUAGCGGCACACGUCGAUGCGUUAGUGCAGCAGAAGGAGACGCGCAAGUGCCAUGGGUGCGGCAAGGUCGGUCAAAUUCGCAUUGCGUAUUGUCGAUCGAGCGCCAGCAGCAACACUGGCGAUGGAGAGGCUGCGCGUCCAAAGAACAAGGAUAGGAAGAAAGAAGUAUGUUGCUGGCUCUGA